AGCUCAGUCACUUCAGAGUCAUCCGAGGCCGGAGCCGGGGAGAGGUGUGUGUGUGAGUGUGUGUGUUGGAUUAAACACCGGCUGGAAAGCGACCCUCCGAUACAGAAGACUGCUGGACACCGAUUUGACAUGAGCAGGUUGCCCUGAUAUGGACAAAGAGAUGAUUCCCAAAUUUUCGUCAAAGGAUGAGGAAGUUGACUACUGGAAGUCCCAAGCCCUUAAAUAUAAGAAAAGUUGCUAUGAGGCCCAGGAGGAGCUGCAGGAGUUCCAGGAAGGGAGCCGGGAGCUUGAAGCUGAGCUGGAGGCGCAGCUUGGCCAGGCCGAACACCGCCUUCGAGACCUCCAAUCUGAAAACGAGAGACUGAAGAACGAGGUGUCCAACCUCAAGGACAAGCUGGAGCACCAGUACGCUCAGAGUUAUAAACAAAUUUCUAUGCUAGAGGAUGACCUGGGCCAGACACGCAGCAUCAAGGAGCAGCUUCACAAAUAUGUCAGAGAGCUCGAGCAGGCCAACGAUGACCUAGAGAGAGCCAAAAGAGCAACAAUAGUGUCUCUUGAAGACUUUGAGGGCCGUUUAAACCAGGCCAUCGAGAGAAAUGCCUUCCUAGAAAGUGAGCUGGAUGAGAAGGAGUCCCUUCUAGUAUCUGUGCAGCGGCUGAAAGAUGAAGCACGAGACCUGAGACAGGAGCUGGCAGUACGGGAGCGGACUACAGACAGGAUGUCUGCACCCAGCUCACCCACCUUAGACAUCGACAAGAUGGAUUCUGCAGUACAGGCGUCUUUAUCCCUCCCAGCCACACCAGUAGGAAAGAGCAUAGAGCACUCGUUCAUCAGCCCAAAUGCAUUGACCAACGGCUGUGGCAACUCAUCCCUCACUCCUUCUGCUAGAAUCUCAGCUCUUAAUAUUGUGGGUGAUCUCCUGAGGAAAGUUGGGGCUUUGGAGUCCAAAAUCGCCGCCUGUAGGAACUUUGCCAAAGACCAGGCAGCAAGAAAAAAUUUCUCCACAGACAACGGCAAACUCAUCAACAGCAACGCCACAAAGUUCUCUCACUCUCUACAUACAACUUACUUUGACAAAACGACUGUAAAUGGACUGGACCCCAGCACUUUGACCUCUAUGGCAACUACCAGAGCUGUGUCUCCACCAGGCAUGCUGCCUCUGAGUGUUUGAGGCGUCCCCACACCACAAACCUCUACUGAAACUCAACACAAUGUGGGAACCAAGAGGACACUUGAAAGACCAUUACAUUGUGUGCUAGGUGUGUAUGUGUGUGUGUAAGAGUUUGAAAGGAAGAGUGAUGUGUGUGUGUGUGUGUGCGCCUGUUUCGGGAUUGUGCAUUUUUGAACGUGAUGUGUGGAAGCGAGGCUUGACUAUACAUUGAACUUGCCUCCAGUUUGCAGCUCUAAAUGCAUCUGUGAGUAGGUGCACACGUUCCUACCACAUACUGGCAUGUGCCUAAAGCUGUACUGUACUGUGCUUGUAUGAAUGUUAUUGCAAAUGCGUUGCUCUCUAGAUGUCAACUCUGAAGUGACACUGUUCUAUUCUUAUUUCCACUCUCGACCUGAAAACUACUAUCUCUGACAAAAGGUCCUCAACAGACCACAGCUUUCUCUUAACCUGUAUUUUCACUUAAAUUGCACACUUAAAGUAAUUUCAAUUUAGAAUGUAUUAUAUUUAAAAAGGGAUGUGUUCAUAUUAAUUAAUUUAUCUCACAGUAUGCUUUAAAAUGCAAUUUUUCCUAUUUGCUUUUUUCCUUGCAUGUGUGCAUAUGUAAUGUGGGGUUGGAGAGGUGCUGGUGGACCCCACAUUCAUGACUGAAGUGAAUGUUGAUCGUUCAAAGCCAUGCAGUGCGGCCGUUCCUCUUGUUAGUGGCUACUUGCUGCAGUUCAUUUGACAGUAGUCUCCAUGUUAAAGCUGGGGAAUAUCAGCUGGUUCUGUCCUCUGGGUUAAACCUGCACUUAAACAAACUGCUCCUCACAGGUUCUGCUGCAGUUGAGUGUUUUCUCCACUGUGGACAUCGUUGACAUUUUGAGGGAACAGUUUUGCCUUUUUUUUAUGUUUUUUUUUUUCUUUUUAAUAUUGUGACAGGCUCAUUUACCUCAUUCGGAUAUAUGGCAAUUUUCCACGGUGGAUUCUUAAUAUGACUAAGUGAAUUUGGCUUAAAAAAACUUGCACAAAAGGAAGCAAAACUAAUCUGACUCAAGGACACUUUUUGAGACUGUUAACCUUGGCUGGUGUAUGAAAUUGUGGCCCCAUUGUGGGCUUUCUGUCAUGCAGCACCUGUUAUUGUUUGAAUUUAAAUUUACUUAAUUCUUGGAUUUUUAGCUGCAUAUUGGCAAUGCAUUCAUUUUACAUGCCUGAAUUUCAUCAAAAAUUUUCCUACAUAUUUCUCCCUUUCAUUGAUCUUUGUGUCAAUCUGAAGCCUUUAGUAUUCAUUUUAAUUUGAUAAUAUGAGGUGUCAUUCAGGGCACUCUGAGCCUGUUACUUAAGUGUGUUCUACAUUCAGUGUAUAUAGCUUGUAAGGAUGGUAAUUUUGCCUACCACAUUUGUAAAUACUUACAUUUGGCAUUAAGGUCCUAUUUAUUUCAGAUUCUGUAUGGCAUGUUCAGGUAAUGAAUGGUUAAAGCCAUUGUAUUAUGAUAUAUUGUUUGUCAAAAUUGUUUAAGUAAAUAAAGAUUGAGAUGACAAAUA